AUGGAGGCCUCGCUAGAGAAGGACGACAAGGCCGGGCUCGACCACCACACCGACGAGGUCGGCUCCGACAUCAGCAGCGCUCACUACCAGUACCUUGUCCACCGCCAUGGCACCGCGCACUUGGACCCGCUUCCCCAGCCGAGCGAUGGCGACCCUUUGAACUGGCCGCUGUUUCAGAAAUGGCUCCAGUUGUCGAUGGUGGCCUUCCAUGGGUUUUUCCUGACGUUUCAAGCGCUGGGGCAAGUGCCUGGUUUUGAACAGUUCUCCGAAGAUAUGGGAGUCACCAUCGAAAGAGCGCUGUAUUUAACCCUGGCCCAGAUCGUCAUUAUCGGGUGGAUGCCGUGGGUGUGGCUCCCGAUCAUGAACCGCUACGGACGCCACAAAUUGUUGAUGGUAUCGGUGUUAGGGCUGAUGGCGUUCAACAUCGGCUCGGUGUUUGCCACCUCGGACUACGGCACCCUCAUGGCGCUCAGAUGUCUCCUGGCGUUUUUCAUAUCUCCCGGCAUCGCUGUCGGUGGAGCAGUGGUUAAAGAAACGACGUUUGCCCACCAGAGAGCGUCGCGACUGGGGGUAUGGGCAUUAUCAGUAAAUAUCGGUACCAUUGCCGGUCCGAUUUUUAUGGGGUUUGUCAUGCAAAGAAUUGCUACCAAGUGGAUCUACGUGGUGUUUUCAGCGACUAAUUUCGCUCAGUUUGUCGCCUAUUUAAUUUUUGGACGAGAAACGCUUUAUGACCCAAAAUCGCAAGUGAUAGCUCCCCUAGGAGUAUGGCUGAAAGCAUGGUGGACAUUGAAACCAGUAAGGGACGAUAACCCCGUCACCAUUGCCAAAAUCCUUGCCCCGGCGAAAUUGUUCCUCAAUUGGCAAGUAUUCCUCUGUGCCAUUGUGAAUUGUGUGUGUUUCACUUAUGUCAAUAUUGCUCCCAAUGUCGAUUUACCUCAGAUCUUUGUCCACAAGUUUCAAAUGGGACCGCAGGCGUUAGGGCUCUGUUUUAUUGCCUUUUUAAUUGGGUUUAUCGUCGGCGAACACACGGGCUAUUUAAGUGACUGGCUUAUGAAAAAGCUGAAAAACCCUAACCCUCGCCAACGCCUUUGGCUCACUUAUCCUGGUUUCACCACUGCCAUCGUCGGCCUCGUGGUAUUUGGCGUGCAGGUGCAAAACUUACACACGUUCAAUAUCUCUCCCUUGGUGGGGCUUGUCAUCGGUCUGUUUGGUCUUCAAAUGAUUACCACCACGUUAAUCGCGUACUGUAUCGAUUUGGUGCCCAGUCAAGCGUCGGAGGUGGCGCUUUUCCUCACUGCCAUCAGACAAACCCACGCAUUUGUCGGUCCUUUUUACUUCCCGCCGAUGUUCGCGUCGAUGGGCUAUUUAGGAGCGUUUGGGCUUAUGGCAGGUUUAGUCGGAGUCGUGUGGCUCCCCAUCAUCGCCUUACACAUCCUCUACCCGAAGAUCCACCACCAGUGA